UCAACCGGAAGUUCCAGCAUAGGCAACAGCCAAGUUGAGCGAACGGGAGUUGAACCAGUUUAGUGUAAACAGCAAGAACAUGGACGACGACGUGCUGACAACGUUAAAGAUUUUAAUAAUCGGAGAGAGCGGUGUCGGUAAAUCCAGUUUACUCCUGCGCUUUACAGAUGACACCUUCGACCCAGAGUUAGCUGCUACUAUUGGUGUGGACUUCAAAGUGAAAACAAUUGCAGUAGAUGGCAACAGAGCGAAGCUGGCCAUAUGGGACACAGCAGGUCAGGAGAGGUUUAGAACUUUAACACCAAGCUACUACAGGGGAGCCCAGGGCGUCAUUUUGGUGUAUGAUGUUACUAAGCGGGACACGUUUACAAAGCUUGAGAACUGGCUGAAUGAACUGGAGACAUACUGCACACGCAACGACCUGGUGAAAAUGCUUGUCGGAAACAAAAUCGACAAGGACAAUCGUGAAGUAGACAGAAAUGAAGGCUUGAAGUUUGCACGGAAACACUCUAUGCUUUUUAUCGAGGCUAGUGCAAAAACACGGGACGGAGUUCAAUGUGCCUUUGAAGAACUGGUGGAGAAGAUCUUGCAGACGCCUGGGCUCUGGGAGAGCAGCAUCCAGGGUCACGGGGUUCAGCUGUCUGACCAUGAACAGCAGCAUCAGGGUGCCUGCGGGGGCUACUGCUCCCUGGUUUAACAUCCUCACCUUGCUCCAGAACCACAAACUGUUGUUUCUAUAUGAGAGCUUCUACUGAGGAGGAAGGGUCUCCUCCCUCAGAGCUGGUCAAAGGGACCUUUGCAGUUUGCACACCCUGUCAUAUAUCUGAUGUCUUUAGAGUCCCAGUAUUUUAUGUCAUAUUAUUCUUAGUGAUUAAUGUUUUAAAGUGCUACUUUACCAGUAGCAUAUGUAAACAUUUGUUAUGCAAAAUGCGUCCGGUUUAAUAUUACAGUCUGAGCGCCUGGAACUACGGCUAGUUAACAUGCCGAGAGGGGCCGAGACAUAGGAAGGUCUUCCCAGUCUAAAAAUAUUUAUCAAAUGUCCUACUACAUGUUAAAUUUCUCUCAUACCCUUCGCUAGUUUGUUUAAUAUAUUUUCUGUAACUCUAAUUUUAAAACUUUCUAAUUUUUAUUUCUAUGUAAUUUUGUGAUAUUUUUCUUCAAUUGUUGCUUAGCACGGUCCUACGGUCUUAGAAAUAUUAUUUUAUAAAUAUAAUAUUCAAUGGCUGAUCUGAAUUAUCUACGCUGAAAUAACUUAACAGGCAUUUGUCUAUGAGAUGCUGUUGAACUAAAUUAUGUAUUAUUAUUUGAAAUGCAGUGCUGUUUGUUUUGGGACUACAAUACAUACAUUUAAACUUACUUGGUAAUAUAAUCCUUAAUGAUCUCAAACUUCUCUGAAUAUCACAAGGCUGCCCAUUUUACUCCACUGUGUUUAGACAUUGUCACUUCUAUCCAUGAAAUUUGCUUCUCUUAUUAUGUGAGAAUGAACACCAAAAAUACAUUCUGUAUUGUAAAUGCUUUUUAAUCACAAAGAUUUGACCAUGCCUUAAUAUUUAUUAGUGCUGCAUGUAUAACUUCACAUAAUGAAUCUGUAGAGAGUAUGUUAUUGUACCCAGUCAGAAUGGCCAAUGGUUAUUUAACUUCUUGAUAACAUAUCUUGGUCAUAAAGUUUGAGUGUUGAUGUUUUUGUCUUGCAUUCCUCUAAUGGAGAUGUUUGAAAAAUGUAUCUUGUCAUGCUGACAAUUGCUUGUGACUUUCUUUAACCACAAAACCAAACACUAACCAGUACCACAAUUAAGACCUCUUACAGUUUAUGGGUAUUGAGUUCAGAUGGGACAGUGUUGCUCUUAUGAAUGCGUCAUACUCAGCUGUGUAGAUGCAUUAUUUCUUUUAAAGGCUGUUGUGCUUGAAUUAUGAAGUACAUUUUCUGCAAUGUAGUGGACGGUAAGGAGUAAUUAUAUAACUGAGAGCAACAGUUCUGUUUUAUUUUUUUCCAUUAAAAACUUCUCUUAAGAUU